GUAGACGACUUUCAAAGUCAUCGACAUGUCUGCCAUUCAACCCUUGGCGUUGCUCUCGCUUCAUCGAAACGACAUUAUCCGACUGAGCAACUUCCCUCCCAACGCCAGUCGUUGGAUCACCGAAGCCGCCACUGUCAGCUGGUCGCGCGGCGUUACGUCCGUCACAUCCAAAGAUCUCGAGAUGGAAAUCAAAUUCGGAGGGUCGCCUUGGGCCUCGAAUGGCGAGGACGCCGUGCAUUCCCGCCGUCUCAUGCUCCACAUCCUGCGCGUCUUGCUCAUGCACGGAUAUGUCUUGUAUUGCGCCACGAACAUGAGCAACACUGCUAGUAGCAAGGACGUGCUGCUCUUCGAACGGACGGAGCCAUGCACGCCGCUGAUGAUGGCCAUCUCCGUCAACCAACACGACAUCCUUCGAGUGAUCGACGCUCCAUCCGACGUCGUAGAGCGCAUCACCUCUUGCGUCAACGCCCACUACCAGGGCGGCAGCGUCCGCGUGUCCGAGUACACUCAUGGCUGCACCCAGUUCAAGCUAUGGAGCUCCCCUUGGUCGUCCGGGCACACGCCGUUUGGACGGCUGCUGGUGGCCCAUGUGUUUGCCCAUCUGAGCGCUCUGGGGUGGAGGCUGUACGGAGCAGCGAUCAUGCAGAACACGUCGUCGGAAGGCACGAUGGUCAAAGAUUCGUGGUAUUUCGUGUACGAGCCAGUCGUGCAAGUCAUAAGUGCCGGUGUCGUAUCUUCCAAGGGGCUCGAGUAAUCGUCUAAUGAAUCCGUACUACAUCACCA